UAAAAGAACCGUACAAAAUUAUCGAAAAAUAUAACAAGUUGGUUGAUCUUAUAAUUGAAUUGGGACUACAAAAUUGUUUUAACGAUAAGCCUAUUAUUAAUGGUAAAGAACUUGCAACUUUAUUGAAUAUCAAACAAGGUGUAAUAAUAGGAGAAAUUCAAAAAUCGAUAAUAGAAUGGCAAUUGGAAAAUGCUGAUGGAAGUAGAAAACAGUGCGAAGA